AUGGCUGAGGGUAUCAGUCUUAAACGGUAUCUCUCCGAAACCAGGCACCCAGUAUACUGUCUAUCAGUGGUGGGCAGUCAGAAUGCGCACAAUCUGAUCUCAGUAUCGACGGACGGUCGCAUGUGCUCCUGGUCGCUAGACAUGUUGUCAGCGCCGCAGGAGACGUUGGACCUGCAGCAUCGGCAGAGCAAAGCCGUCGCGGUCACAUGCAUGGGCUUCCCGUACGGGGACGUCAAUAAUUUCGUACUCGGCAGCGAAGACGGUGAUGUUUAUACAGGACGUCUUUUGGCUGAUAAGAAGAACGAGCAAGAAACUCACCAGCUCUAA